CUCAACAGUCACCUGUUUCUGUUUAAAUGACAUCCAAGGCAAGUCCGCGGUCUCCUCUUUCUCUCAUCCUUAAAUUUUAAAAACUGACUUCUUUCACGGACAUUAGGAUAAUCGUCAUUAAAUCUCGUACAUUACCUUGUCUUAAAAUUCCACAAUACUCAAUACAAAAUGCGUGAAAUUGUUCACAUUCAAGCCGGUCAAUGCGGCAAUCAAAUUGGCGCCAAGUUUUGGGAGGUGAUUUCAGAUGAGCACGGCAUCGACCCUACGGGCACUUAUCACGGGGAUUCGGAGCUCCAGCUAGAACGGAUCAAUGUUUAUUACAACGAGGCCUCCGGACCGAAAUAUGUACCGCGUGCAAUUUUAGUGGACCUCGAACCCGGUACGAUGGACUCUGUGCGUUCAGGAUCCUUCGGACAGAUAUUUCGACCGGAUAACUUCGUGUUCGGCCAGUCAGGAGCAGGCAACAACUGGGCCAAGGGUCAUUAUACUGAGGGUGCCGAGCUGGUGGACUCAGUGCUCGAUGUAGUGAGGAAGGAGGCCGAAAGCUGCGACUGUUUACAGGGAUUUCAGCUUACGCAUUCCUUGGGCGGUGGUACCGGAUCCGGAAUGGGUACUCUACUCAUCACGAAGAUACGAGAAGAAUACCCGGAUAGGAUCAUGAGUACCUUCUCCGUAGUACCAUCUCCUAAAGUUUCCGAUACAGUAGUGGAACCCUAUAACGCUACUCUAUCGGUUCAUCAACUGGUGGAGAACAGUGAUCAAGCAUAUUGCAUCGACAACGAAGCGCUCUAUGAUAUUUGUUUCCGCACUUUGAAGCUGAGCACUCCUACAUAUGGUGAUUUGAAUCAUCUCGUAUCGGCCACCAUGUCCGGCGUGACAACCUGUCUAAGAUUUCCAGGUCAAUUAAACGCAGAUUUGAGAAAACUCGCGGUGAACAUGGUACCAUUUCCUCGUCUCCAUUUCUUCAUGCCAGGUUUCGCGCCCCUUACAUCCCGAGGAAGUCAACAGUACCGAGCUCUCACGGUGCCAGAGCUCACGCAGCAAAUGUUUGACGCGAAGAACAUGAUGGCAGCUUGCAACCCACGCCACGGUCGUUAUCUCACCGUGGCGGCCAUCUUCCGCGGUAGGAUGUCGAUGAAGGAGGUAGACGAGCAGAUGCUCAACAUUCAGAACAAGAACAGCCCGUACUUCGUCGAGUGGAUACCGAACAACGUGAAGACCGCCGUGUGCGAUAUUCCGCCACGCGGUCUCAAAAUGUCCGCCACGUUCAUCGGCAACUCCACGGCUAUUCAGGAGCUGUUCAAGAGGAUCUCCGAACAGUUCACGGCGAUGUUCAGGAGAAAGGCGUUUCUGCAUUGGUAUACCGGUGAAGGUAUGGACGAAUUGGAAUUCAACGAGGCGGAAUCAAACAUGAACGAUUUGGUAUCGGAAUAUCAACAAUAUCAAGAUGCGUCGAUAGAAGACGAUUACGAGGAAAUGGAUGAAGAAGAAAUGGAAAAGUAGUAGUAGUAGUAGAGAGAGAGAGAGAGAGAGAGAGUCAGAGAGUCAGAGAGGAUCGCGUGGACUUGCAAAAUUUUUGAACGAUUUUUAUUUUUGUACUUGUAUUUUGCAUUUGUCAUUUUUACUUUUUUUUAUGAAUGUUUACCUUUUCUAUGAAUGUUUUACAUUUUAUAUAUAUAUAUAUAUAUAU